GUGACAUCAAGAUCAGGAACAAGCCCUCAGGAAAGGGGUUUGACAGACCACAAAAGAUCUCAAAUUAUUCCCUCUCCUGCUCGCUCCCGGCCCUCAAAUCCCCAACCCAUGAGAUAAUUAAACGUCCAAGGUCUUUAUAGUGAUGGAUUAUGAGUGGAAGGAGAAAAGGAACAACGAGAGAGCCAAGGUUGAAGAAUUAUUUGGCUACGAGGGUUGCAAGGUGGGGCGAGGGACCUACGGCCAUGUCUACAAGGCCAAAAGAAAGGACAGUUCCGACACCAAGGAGUAUGCCCUUAAGCAGAUCGAGGGCACGGGACUCUCCAUGUCAGCGUGCCGAGAGAUAGCACUGCUACGAGAGUUGAAACAUCCCAACGUCAUCAACUUACAGAGGGUUUUCCUCUCCCACGCCGACCGUAAGGUUUGGCUGCUCUUCGACUAUGCUGAACAUGACCUCUGGCAUAUAAUCAAGUUUCACCGAGCAGCAAAGGCCAACAAGAAGACAGUACAGGUGACGAAAGGGAUGGUCAAGUCUCUCCUCUAUCAGAUCUUGGACGGCAUUCGCUACCUCCACUCCAACUGGGUCCUGCAUCGAGAUCUGAAACCCGCCAACAUCCUCGUGAUGGGCGAGGGAACAGAGCGCGGCAGAGUCAAGAUCGCAGACAUGGGCUUCGCGAGGCUCUUCAACUCUCCUCUGAAACCCCUCGCCGACCUCGAUCCCGUUGUGGUGACAUUCUGGUACCGUGCGCCGGAGCUGCUGUUGGGAGCACGGCACUACACGAAAGCCAUUGAUAUAUGGGCCAUUGGGUGUAUCUUUGCCGAGUUGCUGACCUCCGAGCCAAUCUUCCACUGUAGACAGGAGGACAUCAAGACCAGCAACCCUUACCACCACGACCAGCUGGACAGAAUCUUCAACGUUAUGGGUUUCCCUCAAGAGAAGGACUGGGUGGACAUCAAGAAGAUGCCUGAACACGGAACACUCAUGAAGGAUUUUAAGAAGAACAACUACUCAAGUUCUUCAUUAGUCAAGUAUAUGGAUAGGCACAAGAUUAAACCAGACGGCAAGGCAUUCAUGUUGUUGCAGAAGUUGCUGACGAUGGACCCCACCAAACGCAUUACCUCGGAGCUGGCCAUGCAGGACCCUUACUUCCUCGAGGACCCACUGCCCACCCAGGAUGUGUUCGCAGGCGGCCCAAUCCCUUACCCCAAGCGAGAGUUCCUGUCCGACGAGGAACAAGACGACAAGUCCGACAACAAGUUAUGUGCCCACCAUAAAUCCAGUGCGCACAAUGGAAACCUCCACAGCAGUAUGAUGAAGAAGAAGGUUUUCAUGGAGCAGAGCUGGACAAACCAACAGAGAGCGGCUGCAGCAAAGGGCGGGGGUGGGGGUGAGCCGGCCUCCAAGAGAGUACGGUUAGGCCACCACCAGAGCAGCAUCGCCGGCCAGCAGAACUUCUCUCACAUGACGCAGCGGAACCACCCAAAUCAGCAGCAGCACCCGGGCCAUGUCCAGCAGGGAGGCAUGAUGAACUACACCAACACACAGCAAAGCAGCAACUUCAACCAGCGUUACUAAGACACGAAUCCUCAGACGCUCUCGGCUCCCACAACAACCAUUUCCCAAGGCCAUAAAGAAGAUUAGUCAGGUUCCCAUAAGUGUUUCUUCACAUCCAUGGUGCAGGAGCCUUGUCAAACUAUCACUAGGCUCAUAAAACUACCCAUGGAAAUACUAACACACCCUUGAUGAAAGCCUUAUCAUAUGUGGGUGGGUAUGUAAGCCUUGAGGAGAUUGGUCAGAUUCCCAUGAGUAUUUUCACAUCCAUGGUGCAGAAGUCUUGUCAAACUAUCACUAGGCUCAUAAAACUACCCAUGGAAAUACUAACACACCCUUGAUGAAAGCCUUAUCGUAUGUGGGUGGGUAUGUAAGCCUCGAGGAGAUUGGUCAGAUUCCCAUGAGUAUUUUCACAUCCAUGGUGCAGAAGUCUUGUCAAAAUAUCACUAGGCUCAUAAAACUACCCAUGGAAAUACUAACACACCCUUGAUGAAAGCCUUAUCAUAUGUGGUUGGGUAUGUAAGCCUCGAGGAGAUUGGUCAGAUUCCCAUAAGUGUUUUUUCACAUCCAUGGUGCAGGAGCCUUGUCAAACUAUCACUAGGCUCAUAAAACUACCCAUGGAAAUACUAACACACCCUUGAUGAAAGCCUUAUCAUAUGUGGGUAGGUACGUAAGCUCCAAAAUGUUUGUGUAUAUGAGCGUAAGUCUCUCUGAUCAGGUAGUCACUAUAUACUGUGAGGAGGGUCAUAUAUGCAAUUAUUAACAGCAGGAUUUAAACCUUACAAUAUUGUCCACUAUUAUAAGACUGAAUAUCAUGUGUUGUGUGCUGUUCAUUGUUGAGUACGUAUUAUCAAUGACCUCAAGUAAGUUAUGAGA